UUCUACUUCUAUGGGAUCUUUUCUCAGUUGACAAGUUUCUGUGCAAACGCGUGAGGCCCCCGGGUGGAUGCUGCAAAGCAGCAUCCACUGCCAUGCAAUUUCCGAUAGACAUGUCUUUGAUAGUAAAUGGACUUUGUGCGUGUCUCUUUCUCGAACUCACCCAAGUCCAAUUGAAGAAUCUUGGAAGACUUGAACACCAUGCAGAACUUGUGAACAAAAGCUGCAUUUUUGCUUUGAAGAAGAAUUUGCUCCAUGACGCGACCAAAGCGCCAGAGUGUGGCUGCAGGGGUUGGAGCAGCGGCUGCGCUGGCCGCCCCUACUUUCCUACUUCCAUCGGUCGAUGCUCCUGUGAGGGCCGUGCCACAUGAGGCCAUCGUUCAGCCUCAAGUGAAUACUGCCGGCGGGCUGCCUUCCACAGGAGUGGCAAUUGCUGUUGGCCUCGGUGCUGCUGCCGCUGCAACCAGGCGAACGAGAAAAGCAUCUCGAGCUCUGACCAUUCGACGAGCAGAGGGCCGCCAGUUGCGCCCGCGAGAUCGAGCGGAUGGACAUGGCUGGGUCAAGGAAGACCCUGACUUUAAUGCAGCUGAUGACUCGGCGGUGAGCGCCACUCACACCAUCGAACUGAAGAAGAGGCCCAGCGGCAUCAAAAGGUACACGCACGGGAUUGAUGGAAAGGGCGCAAUGGUGAUGGACAUGAAUGAAAAGGCACGCUACCCAGGCGACCCACUUGGACAAGCUGCCGUGGCAGGUGUCAAAAAAGGCUAUGUUGUCAAGACAGUCAAUGGCACCGACGUCCGCAACUGGGACUUCGAAGAUAUCAUGGACCUUCUGGAGGAUUUCAUCCCAGAUCCCGACGUGCAGUCUACGGCGGCUUUCAAGGGUGGAGCUCAGCGCGUGCGCAAGCAUCAACAGGUAACAUUCCCUGUGACAAUUGAGUACGUGGAGAUGAAACCAAUGGACAAGGCUGCUUCUGCUGGGCCUGCUGUUCCUGCAGGUGCUUGGAUGCCACGUCUCAGCGGCUGGUCCGAUGAGGACUUGAUGAAGGAGCGCCAGCGUGCCAUGGCCAUGCCCGAACCAGCACCAGGCUACAAUGGCCCCCGCUACACGAAGGCAAGCGAUGUUGAUGAUGCCUUCCUGCAGAGGCUGAUGCAAAUGCAACAAACUGGACAACUCCUUCCCAAGAAGGAUGCCUAUCUUCUGGUUCUUGACGUCAUUGCACAGCUGAAAUCCGAGCAGACCAUGAACCGAAUUCAGGUUGGCCCUGGACAGAAGCUGACGGUUUUUGGCGAUCUUCACGGCCAAUACUUUGACUUCAUGAACAUUCUCAGCAUGGCUGGCCUUCCAUCGCCCAACACGCCGUUCCUGUUCAAUGGCGACUUUGUUGACCGCGGGUCCUGGUCCAUUGAGGUCAUUCUGUUGAUCUAUGCCAUGAAGAUGAAGCAUCCCAACGCCGUUUUCAUGAACAGAGGUAACCAUGAAAUGCUCGAGGCCAACAUGAUCUAUGGCUUUGCAGGUGAGACAGGCUCGAAGUAUGACUUGGAUCUCUUCAACCUGUUCUCUGAAUCCUUCAGAAAUCUUCCUCUGCUGCAUCUCGUGAACAACGAGGUCUUGGUGGUGCAUGCCGGUAUUCCUGGCCCUCGCCCUCGUGUGUGGCUGCCGGGUCAGACGCAUGACCCCGAAGAUGCCGUUCCGGUGAACGCGCGAGCCACCACGCUGGCGGAGAUUGCCUCGGUGGAUCGCUACACCGAGCUGACACCCAACUCGUACAAGGAGGCGGUGGACAGUGCCCCGCGACAGGAGCAGAAGUGGGAGACGGACACUCGAAUGAUCAUCGAUUUCUUGUGGUCCGAUCCCAGAGGUGGAUCUGGAUAUGGCCCUUCAUACCGAAAGAGCCGUGGAGUUUUCAUGUUCGGUCCCGAUGUCACUGCGCAGUUCUGCAGAGAGAACAACGUGAAGCUGCUGAUCCGAUCUCAUGAGGUGAAAGCAGAGGGUUAUUUGAAGGAUCAUGAUACCUUGAUGAGUGUCUUCAGCGCGCCAAACUACCUGGAUACUGGUGGCAACAAGGGUGCUUUCUUGCAGCUUGCUCCUGGCCCAGGUGGCAGCCUCGAGGCAACGCCAACAAGCUACACUGCAGUUCCUCAUCCAGACCUGCCACCAAUGUUCCACCAGAACUACAUCAUCGAGAAUCAUCCGCACCUGACAAGACAGAUGAGGAAGAAGCAGGUGGCCCAGGCUGAUGACUUCGGCGACAGUGAUUUUGCAGGAUACCAGGGACCAGACGAGUGGGAGGAGGUCGAUGCAGGAGCAUCACUGAACGCCAUGUCGUGAAGUAGCUUUUCGGAGCUUGGGCCGAAGGCUGGAAGAUGGAAGCCUCUCUUUGGCGAAGAUCUGUGUCUUUUAAUCUUGCUUUUGGCCUCAGCCAUGAACUUGGCCGCGUCUUGGCCGUAGAACUUCUAACCCCAAAGACCAACAAUGCCAACUGCUACAAGUGACAAGGGAGUGCCAAUGUUG